GGCGCGGCGGCCGGUGUGCGGAGCGGGGGUGCGCCGAGAGCGCGAGCCGGGCAGUGAGCGCGCGGAGGGCCGUGCGUGCGCUCCGCCGGGGCCGGAGGAGCCGCAGGGUCUGGAGCCGCAGCCCAGACGGACAGGGGAGCCCGGCAGGGAGACCGGGAGCCGCGGAGGCUGGAGACCCGGAGGAAGCGGGGCAAUCGCGGGGCCCGGGGCCAGCGCAGAGCCGGAACCUGGAGCAAGAGCGGAGCCUGGAGGGAACCGCAGCCCCGGGCGAGCGCGAGCCGCAGGCGCUCCGGGGUGACUCGGUCAGAGCCAGGCUCUUCCCGGCUGGACGGCGCGACCCUCGCCCUCUCCCGCCCUCCCCUCCGGCUCCCUCUGCUCAUUCUGUCACUGCCUGAGACGAGCCCACCUCGCUCGGCCUUCCAGGAGUCGCCGGGCAGAGCCGCGCCCACCAUGCGCCUCAACAGCUCUGCGCCAGGUCCCCGGGGCCAGCCUGGCGCCAACUCCUUCCCGCUGCCACCGAGGGGGCUGGAAGGGGCGCUCCUGGCCCUGGGCUUCAGGAACGGCUCUGGCAACGCGUCGGAGCACCUCCAAGAGGCACCCAGCAGCGACCUGGAUGUGAACACCGACAUCUACUCCAAGGUGCUGGUGACCACCGUGUACCUGGCGCUCUUCGUGGUGGGCACCGUGGGCAACUCGGUGACAGCAUUCACGCUGGCCCGCAAGAAGUCGCUGCAGAGCCUGCAGAGUACCGUGCACUACCACCUGGGCAGCCUGGCGCUGUCCGACCUGCUCAUCCUGGUCCUAGCCAUGCCCGUGGAGCUAUACAACUUCAUCUGGGUGCACCACCCCUGGGCCUUCGGCGACGCUGUCUGCCGUGGCUACUACUUCCUGCGGGACGCCUGCACCUAUGCCACGGCCCUCAACGUGGCCAGCCUGAGUGUGGAGCGCUACCUGGCCAUCUGCCACCCCUUCAAGGCCAAGACCCUCAUGUCCCGGGGCCGCACCAAGAAGUUCAUCAGUGCCGUCUGGCUGGCCUCCGGCCUGCUGGCCGUCCCCAUGCUCUUCACCAUGGGGCAGCAGAACCGCAGCGCCGACGGCCAGCACCCUGGCGGCCUGGUGUGCACGCCCGUCGUGGGCACCGCCACGAUCAAGGUCAUCAUCCAGAUUCACACCUUCAUGUCCUUCCUGUUCCCCAUGGUUGUCAUCUCCAUCCUGAACACCAUCAUUGCCAACAAGCUGACCAUCAUGGUUCGCCAGGCAGCUGAGCAGGGCCAGGUGUGCACGGUUGGGGACCCGCAUAGCUCUUUCAGCAUGUCCAUCGAGCCCAGCAGGAUCCAGGCCCUGCGGCAUGGCGUUCGGGUCUUACGUGCCGUGGUCGCGGCCUUCGUGGUCUGCUGGCUGCCCUACCACGUGCGGCGCCUCAUGUUCUGUUACAUCGCAGAUGAUCAGUGGACUUCGUUCCUCUACGACUUCUACCACUACUUCUACAUGCUGACCAACACCCUCUUCUACAUCAGCUCUGCCAUCAACCCCAUCCUCUACAACCUGGUCUCCGCCAACUUCCGCCAGAUCUUCCUGUCCACCCUGGCCUGCCUCUGCCCUCUGUGGGGGCGCAGGAGGCGGCGGCCCACCCUCCCCAGGAAGGCCAACAGCGUGUCCAGCAACCACACCUUCUCCAGCCACACCACCCGGGAGACGCUGUACUAGGACCGAGGUCGGCAGGGCAGGAGGGGUGCCUGUGUGGCUCUGCGCCUGCCACCCAGCAGCAGCCCCUGGGAGCUGGGGUGGUCAGGAGAGGCCCUGAGGCUGUGCCCUGUGCCCUGGCCCCAGGGCCCAUUGCUCCUGGCUUCUCCCCUCUCCACCCACCUGCCCUUCCCCGGCUCCUCUUUGAGAGCUGGAAAGAGAUCGUUCCUUCCCCGAUCCAGGUAGGGCCUUAAUGAGGAGAAAUUCGUGCUCCUUGAAAGGCAGUCUUCUUUGUUCCCAGACUGAUGGGUGUUUGCAAGGAUCAGAAAUAAAAGGAGCAGUUGUGGCUGCCGGCUAGCAUGGGGAGGCGGCUGCCCGGAGUGGGCAGUCGUGGAGCUGGCUGGCAGGGCCGUCCUGGCACCCAGGAGAGCCGGGGGCCCUUCCGCCGCCUCUGGUACAGCAGGCACCCGGGGCGCCUGCCCCUUGAAAGGCGACUCCCAGGGGCUUUGGUGUGCCGGAGGGCAAGAGGGUCUGGCCUCCCUGCACCCACCCCAGCAGCCCAGCCAGGCCAGCGCUGUCCCUCUCCCUCUGACUCCCGCUGUGCGGGCACACACUGGUAGCCCAGCCCCAAGCUGCUUCAGGGUGGGCACCCCGAGGCUGAGGGCAGUUGGCUGGGCUUCCAAGAGGUGCUGGGCCUGUGAACUCGGUGCAGGCGAGGAGGAAGAGCCUCGGGUGCAGGCAGGCCCCACCUGCAGCCACGUUGAGGCCCACGCUCUCCCCCAGCAGGCGGCAGCCUCAGCCCCAGGUGCCCAGAAAGGAGGUGCCCCCUUAGUCUCUAGGAGCUGGUCUCCAGACAGGAUGGCCCGGCCCCAGCCCUGGUCCCCUGAGCAAGUGGCAAAAGGGCCUGGAGAGUAAAAUACAGGCCUUUUUAAAGUAGCUCCCCUAGGCUUAGGGGCACAUGUGCCCUGAAGAGAUGGCCAGGCCGGCAGGAGGCCUGCUUGGGCAGCAUGGACUGAGGACUUGGUGGGGACCUGGUCCUGGUCCUGGGUCACCGGGACUCACUCACCCCAUUAUAAAAAUGGUGAGCUGGCCGCCGCAGCACCCAUGGCUCCUUCAGAUGUGGGUGUUCUGCUCUGAGCUGGCGUGUUGCUCGGGCCCAUGAAAUCCCUCCCCACCCACAGAACCCUUCGGUUCUGGCACAGGGCCAGGGACUCAGGGCCAGGCAGCCCUCCCAUAACCCAGUGGCCACCUACCCAGGGGACAAGGCCAGCCCAGAGCUCCCACGCAGGCGUCUACUCCCAGCAGGAGAGCAGGGGAGUUCGGACCAGCUGGGUGGACAAGUGGGCGUCAGAGUUUGGCAAAGACUCAGGCUGGGCCCGGGCACCAGGCUUCAGAACAAGGACUGGGAUUCAUUCUGAGAGCCCCUCAGACCCUGCAUUCCUGGACCUCUGGCACAGGGCUGAGGUCCCCAGCUGAGAAACGGGUGUGGCAUGCCACCCGCGGCUCUGCCAGCGCUGGAUGGGACUGGUGGACCCAGCCCAGGACACACAGAAGGGAUGAUGAGGUCUGUAGCUGCCACCCCAAGCCCACUGCGCUGUCCUGGCAUCUGUGUUCCUGCCUUCACACCUCACAUGCAUAGGGCACCUGUCUGCAUACCGCCAGAUGGCCCUCCUGCCCAGCCGCCACCCAGCGCUGUCAGCACCUUGUGAAGCCACAAGCUGGCCCCACAUACUGUGCACGUGUCUCAUCGAGGGCCCAGUGUCCUGGGUGAUGGGCAGACUAGGAUGGAACCCCCUAGUGCCCUCUCACACGUUGCUCAAGAUGACCACCCCACCCCCCACGAUGUACACCAUUGACAAGAAUAAACCCCCUUAUGUCAAUAAAGGAGGCUGUGGACCCCACCACUUGGCCUCUGCUGUGGAA